AUGAACUCGACAACAGCGCUGCUCAGUACGGGCUGUACGCAGCCGAAUGUAUACGAAAUUUGCCAGUCCAUCUCAAUGAGCAGCAGCGUCUGCCACUUUCUCAACCUGCCUCACGAAAUCGUCCUCAGUAUCAUCGAUUAUCUGCAGCAAGACAGCAAGGCAGUUCUCUAUCUGACAUGCAGCCCGCUACGAAAUAUCAUUUACCAUGGUUAUCGAUUACGGACCGAGUUGCGAUAUUGGUCCAACCGCAAAAUGGCUAUCCGCUUUCUCAACUGUAUCGGAAAAGAGAGACUCGAUGUCUGGGUGUGCAACUAUUGCCUCCGUUUCCAUCAACAUUCUGCAGACUCUGUUCCCUCUGCAGGCGCGUAUCCUCAGCCAUGUUGCCCGACGCGGGGCGUCAGAAGGUACGAUAUGCAGACCUUGAUUACCUACCAGCGAGACCACAUACUUCUUGCUUUAAAGUAUGCAAGACUGGAGAGUAGCCUACAUGGACCGUAUGAGCAGCACCAACGACUACUGAUGCAGCCACAUUCGGGCCAGGUGGACAGCCUCGAUUACGCGAGAGUCACCUUUCGAGUGGUCCCUCGCAUAGUCGAGGGGCGGUUCCUGGUCUUUAGGGAGCACAUCUGCGAGUAUGACAGAGGACCGGCACCAAACCUGAUUUACGGCUUGAGCCGAAGUUGCUGCCACAUGCGAUUUGUUGCUGCGGAUAUCGGGCCUUGGACGUUUUUGAACCCUCGACGGUUUCAAGAGUUGCCUCAUGAAUUUUGCCUUGUUCACAUUGUGUGCACAUGUAGAACGGAAACCAGGAUCGACCUAUACGGCACGACAGUCCGCACGCGGACUUGGGAGGAUUUCGGUACCGAGUUUUCGUCUCUCAAAUCGAUUGUCUUUUACGACUACGAUGCUUGUGAGGGGCCAGAGAGGAUUCGGGAACUGUACGAAUCCACCAUGGAUGACCUAGACUCCUUCUACACGCCGCAAAGCGUUUUACAGCCAGCGCAUGGUGCUGAGCCACAAUAUGAGUCACAAAAUGCGAGCAACCAAGAGAAGCCAAGGCGCGAUGGGAAAAAGAAGGUGCGGGAACGGUCAGACAAGUCGUCAGACAAGACAGAAAAGGUCAUGGAGGAGGCAACACGCUGGGCGAGGCUAAAGGGCCGGAUCAAGAUGCUACUUGGCUUCCUAGAUGGGUUUAGCGUACGACACAAAGCCGGGACGACGACGACAACUAGACCUUCGACGCCUCAUCCUGCCGCACCGCUACAGCCGCUUAAUUUGCGUCUUGUGCCCGCUCGGGUGUAA